AGCUCGACUCCCGGCGCUCUGCACACACUCCCAACAGCAUCUGAACGGACACACGGACCAGACUCAGAGACAAAACACCGGCUCUUUUCAUUUUUGUUUAUUUUUACCAAGUCUUCUCACUCCGGGAUCUUAAGCGACUCGGUUCCUGUGUGCUGUGCGGUUCUCGAGCCAAUAAGGAAUGCCCAGAGAGCUCACCCAGAACAGGAUCCAAAAGAUCUGGGUUCCCACCAAGGAUGACAGGCGGAGAGCAUCUGGCGCCCCUCACUCCGCCAACCCCCCCACCGUCAUCGUGAUGGUGGGUCUGCCGGCGAGAGGCAAGACGUACAUGUCCAAGAAACUCACCCGCUACCUCAACUGGAUCGGCAUGCCCACCAAAGUUUUCAACGUAGGAGAGUACCGCAGGGAGGCGGUCAAGAACUACAGCUCCUAUGACUUCUUCAAGCCUGAUAAUGAAUGUGCUGUGAAGAUCAGGCAGCAGUGUGCCUUAGCAGCCCUGAGGGAUGUCAAGUCCUAUUUGAAGGAUGAAGGAGGCCAAGUAGCGGUCUUUGACGCCACCAACACGACAAGAGAGAGACGAGACAUGAUCCUCAAGUUUGGCAGUGAGAACGACUUCAAGGUCUUCUUCAUUGAGUCUGUGUGCGAUGAUCCCAACGUUAUCGCUUCGAACAUCAUGGAAGUGAAGGUGUCCUGUCCGGACUACCGCGACUGCAACAAGACCGAUGCCAUGCUGGAUUUCCAGAGGAGAAUUGAAUGUUACAAAACCAGCUACCAACCUCUGGACCCUGAUCACUAUGACAGGGACCUCUCCUUCAUCAAAGUCAUAGAUGUGGGUCGCCGUUUUCUCGUCAACCGCAACCAGGAUCACAUUCAGAGUAAGAUCGUGUACUACCUGAUGAACAUCCAUGUCCAGCCGCGAACCAUCUACCUGUGCCGACACGGAGAGAGCACCGACAACCUGGAGGGACGGCUGGGGGGCGACGCUGGCCUGUCGUCGAGGGGCAAACAGUUUUCAGCUGCCCUGGCUCGGUUUGUGGAGGAGCAGCAGCUGAAGAAUCUGAAGGUGUGGACCAGCCAGCUGUGCCGCAGCAUCCAGACCGCCGAGCACCUGGGAGUCCCGUACGAACAGUGGAAGGCUCUUAAUGAGAUCGAUGCUGGAUUGUGUGAGGAGAUGACGUAUGACGAAAUAAAGGAGAAAUUCCCAGAAGAGUUUGCUCUGAGAGAUGAAGAUAAAUACUACUACCGCUACCCUGCUGGAGAGUCUUAUCAGGACCUGGUGCAGCGAGUGGAGCCGGUCAUCAUGGAGCUGGAGAGGCAGGAGAAUGUCCUGGUUAUCUGCCACCAGGCCGUCAUGCGCUGCCUGCUGGCUUACUUCCUGGAUAAGAGUGCAGAUGAGAUGGCCUAUCUGAAGUGUCCCCUCCACACGGUGCUGAAGCUCACCCCGGUCGCCUAUGGGUGCAAAGUGGAGUCAAUCUCUCUGAAUGUGGAGGCAGUAAACACCCACAGGGAAAGACCGGAGGAGGUUAAGCGGGGUCCUGGCACCUUGAUCAGGAGGAACAGCGUUACUCCUCUGACCAGCCCCGAGUCAAACAUCAAGAAACCUCGCAUUGAUGAUCUGGACGAGGCUCCGAUCCAGGAGCUGCCCCCCUCUGUGGCCUCACUGGCCCUCUGCAGCCCCUCUCAUCUCCCUCUUGCUCUGGCUGGACAGCAUUGGCUGGGCAAAGUUUGCCUGACCUGAGGAGAAGCUCAUCCGGCUGCCACGACUUCCUGCAGCCCUGCCAGUGACUGUGCGCCGACUGACGAAAACUCGCUGAAAACAACAUGAAACAACUAGGAAUAGUAAAAAUGAAGAGUUACUUUCCUAAAAGCAACAUAAUUCUGUCAGUAAAAUGUUAACAAACAUCAUUUUGUCAGCCAAGGAAACCAGUUGUGGGAUCUUUAUUGUUGGGGAUAAAAGGGUUGUGGUUCUUUAACCGUUUAAUCAAAGCAAGACUCUUAAAUUCUCUCUUUCUUGCUGUUGAGACAGAUGAAUCUGAGGUUUUUGGUUAACGUUUAGACAUUCUUGUGUCUAAAAUGUUCAGAUGGAAAGAGGCAAACUGUGACUCCUUUAAAUCAACAGUCACUCUUGUUAGACCUCAGAGGACUCUCUUGGAAGCUAAUCGCAUGUGGUUUAUACUUUUAGAGAGACCAAAGACAAAUUAUCAUACCCAAACCUUCAGCUAAUCCUUCUUUCCAACCAUGCACUCAUGGUUGUCUUAAGUAAUGAAAGGAUAUCAUAUUUAGUUUACAUUGUAAACUUUUCUGCCACUUCCUUGGAAGCACUGGUGUUUUUUUUCAUGUAUUCACGUGUUUAUCAAAAAGCGUCAUGAUUUAAUUGACUCCUUUGAAUGCUGACACGCAACAAAAUAAGCGAUAUUUUGCACAGCGGUGAUACGUUUUUGCUUUUUGUUUGGUUUAUUUGUCACUCUGUUGUGUCUCAUGUUACUUCCCGGUAGUGGAGGUGGUUUUUGCCCUAGAGUGCCUGUAGUGCUUGUUUCGCAAGCCUGACGCCGCUUCUCUCGCUGAUUUCUCUGGACUCGAUUGCUUGAGGAGAGGCAACACAUUUCACCUAAUAACUCCACAUAUCAUUUCAAUAUCGUCACAGUUAGACUAUUUAUUUUUGACUUUGUUUAGUUUCAGUGCCACAGUGCACGUGUUUCACUCUACUGAUGGGAAACUCAAGUUUAUUUUUCUUUUGCUGUCGUUGUCGGCUACGCACAAAUAUAGCACCUCUAUUUUUGUUAUAACACAAGGCGUGCUGUUAAUAAUAUCUUUGUAAAUGUUAGUGUACAUAUGGUAUAACUGGCCAUGGAUGGGAGAUGACUGGAACACUCACGGGAGUCUUUUUAAAUGUGUGUAACUCUUUUGUUUGUUUGUUAAUGUACUAUUGUGUUGGGACUGAAUGGAAGGCACGGCGUGUUGAGAAAGAAGCAGAAGCUUACUUAUCUCAGUCAAAAAUUUUAACAUGUUUGUUUGAGAUACUUGAAAUUUGUUUUUUGUAAAAACUGAUUUAUUAUAUUCUUUAUUUAUUUUUAUGUAGUUUCAAAUGACCGCUUGAUGGGAGAGGCACCUUUGUUUUGAUCUGAGCACUGUGCAUGAGAAUACGUUGUACAGUUGAUUUUUGCAUCUGCUGGACCAAUAAAUUCACUGCGGGGAGAACGUA